UUGCUGGUGCCAAUGAAGAAGAGCAGCUUCUGGUUGAGGAAGUGUUCGAAUGCGUCAUGGACACUCAAAAAGCAAUUAUUGGGUUAUUCUCUGACAAAAACGACGAUGCGGCAAAGGCAGCCAUAAAAGAUGAAUUUGUGAAGGAGUCGAUACCAAAGUUGGCCAAAUACGUUGAGUUGAGAUCUGGGAAGGGAAAGAACGGAUACAUUGUCGGAUCAGCGUUAUCUCUGGCAGACCUUGCAGUUUUUAACUUUGUUGACCAGACCGGAGGACUCGGGUUGGUGGACGCAUGGAACAAAUACCCUGUUAUCAAGAAUCACCAGGAAAAGGUCAAAUCCGAAAAGAAAGUUGCAGAAUGGCUCAAGAAAAGACAAGAGUAUGAGCAAAAAUAAACUAUAGUUGUGGGCGCCGUUUGUGUUGUUAUUCGGCAUUGCAAUACGUUGUCUUUAAAUAGAGGUGGUUAACUCUUAGUAUAAUUGACCGUCAAUGAUGUUACUUAAACUAGGAUUUGAUCCAUUCGAAUGGAAUGAUGACGAACACAUUUGUAUUGCGUUAAUCAUCACUAACCAAUUGUGUAAAACUGGUAUGGUCAAUGUAGCCCAAAUGCUUAUUGAUUGGUCAAUGACUAGAUUAAUACUAUUAACCAAUCAAAUCACUUUAAAUGAUAACUAGCCUAAAAUAACCAAUGGACAACUUAUCCAAGUAUACAGUUUGUGUGUCUUGCUCAAGUUCAAUUGAUUGCCAUCUCUGCAAAUGAACAAUUAUCACCAUAAAAAUGUUUUAAAAUUCUCAUUAUGUCCUAGUUAUAUAGUAUGUGAUUUGUCUUCAUCGUUUAUUCUUUCCCUGCAAUGUGUUUGUUUUAAGUGUUCACUAUAUAUGUCCUGAAUAAACAAUUAAAAAUAUUAA